CUUCAAGCAAUUUCUGUGACCAAGAGCUUUAAUCCAUCACCACGCACGCUACAGUUUCGAUAACUAUGCCAAAUUUUUGGUGGCAUAUUGACUCACUUCUAGCUAUCUGUUGAUGCUAAUUUUUCCCCUUCCAAUCGCGUCUUCGUUGGGAAAACUGGGGUCAACUGUGAAGAGGGCCCCUGUCUCCGUGGUUACAAGACAUGCAAAACGGCAGUCCGAAUGGCAUUUCGCACCAAAAUGAACGCGUGACCCCCGGUCUUGAAGCGACCACGCAUGAGAUUCCUUCCUCCGAACGUCCUAUCGAUUCUGCGCAUCCCGAUUUGAACUCUUCCGACGACAAAGACACCGAAACCGCGACUGACACGCCCGAAGGGCCUCCGUCGAAAAGGCGAAAAGUUGCUGGCGACACCCCUUCUCGUCGCUCAACCUCUCGGGCGACAUCGCCGCCAUGGAAGAAAGCCGGGGCCGAUGGGCCGACCUCUUUCCUCCAGGAUGGCAAACGCAGAUCCUCGAGAGUUAAUACGGGUCCCCUUGAAUCCCAGACACCAGAAAAACGCCCCUCGCGCGGUACUCCAAAACAAGGCAUCAAGCAGAAUGUUUCUGGUCGGGGCGGGUCAGUCGCGGCAUCGCCCUUGUCUAUAUCUGUUUUACAUUCGGAGGUAAAUGGGGGGAAGCUUCAAGGUGGCAAUGCUGCGGUCAACGGAUCUCCGAGGACCGUAGCUCCAAGGAGGUCGUCUGGUAGACGCAAACGCUUCUCGCAGUCACCAGUACCCAAGAAGGAUCAUGCGCGGACACGGUCUCAAAGUUCGGUGUCUUCUCAGGUACUUCGGCCUUCUGGCGUGGGCUACAACGACUCGAGCACGGUUAUCCCCGGUACAGCAAACGAAGCAGACGACCUUGGAGCAGAUUUGGCGGAUCUACAAAAUGGCGAAGGGGAUGAAGAGAGCCAGCUUACCCCGCGUCUCCGAUUCAAAGUUAAACGACCCUCUAUGGGUAUUUACCACCCCUCGCACGUCGUACCUCCCCGGAAAUACAGUUCGUUUAGGGAAUGGAUGGAAAGCGAAGAUGGAACAACGCGUGACGGCACAAUUCUCUCGCCGGCAGCUGCUUAUGAAGAGGCUCAAAAACGACGUCGGAUCGCUGCGGCUGCGGAACCGGGAGGUUCUUUGAGCUCAGAUGUUUGUUCUGCAUACCUACCUGAGCAACAAGAAGAACCCCCACUGCAGUACUCCCAUCAAGAUCAUCUCGUGGCGCACGCGUUGUAUUUCAAGAAGCUUCUUGACCAAGAGAAUAGACGUCACCGGAACACGGCGAGGCUCUUUGCGCAAUGGUGUGCUGAUGCAUGGAGGAAGCGCAACAAGGACCCGGAGGAUAUCAUCAGAGAACAGCAGGAGGAGAUGCGCGGGAAGCGCAAACAACUAGCAAAGGAUCUUCAAAAGAUGUUUGAUCUAGCCCGAGCGGAGGUGGACAGGAUGCGUCUAGCGCAGUGGGAAGAAGAGCGAAAGGCGGAAGACCAACAGGCCUUGGAUCGUGCGAUAAAACAGUCUACAAUGCUCUUUGAAAAAAGGAGGUCGGAAAUCCUUGGAGAAACAGGGAGCGACAUUCCCGAAUCGAGUGACGAUGAGGAUAUCGAAUCGAGUGACGCGUCUGGCGAUGAAGAUGGCGAAAGCAACAUGUCGUCUACAGAAUCGGAGGGUGAAGAUGAGGAUGGUGUGGAUGAUGACGAGGGCCUAACAGCUGAAGAACUUCAACUCAAAUACGCCAAUCUCCGUAGAGCCAGUCAUGACUCGGAUCGCAGAUCGCUCGCAUCGAACGAGACAGGCUCGUCCGACGAUAGCGACGCCUCGAACCCCAUACCCGACGAUGAUGACGUUCAAUCCCUACCAAUUGAACUUGACGAAAUAGAUCCGAUGCUCAUGGACGAUAGCGAAGCAUCUACUGAUAUGGACGAUGAUAUGGGUGAUAGUGAUGAAGACAGGAGUUCGAGCGAUGUUGAUUCUGGUGAAGAUGCCGAGGACGAACUAGGCUUGCUGGGCUUCUUUUCCUCCAAGGAGGUAAUGCCAGAUGGUGACCUCUUGCUCAACGAUGAUAGCAUAGUUGAGCAUAGCGACGAUGAUAAUGCGAGGAUAGUGUCAGCAGAAGAUGAAGAGGAUGAUGAGCCGGAUGACCCGGACGAGGUCUCUCUAGUCCCUAACGGGCCAGCUGGGACGGAAUCUACGCCCCAGGACAUGGUAGAACAAGACACCAUGGCUGAUGAAAUGGCCAUAGAGAAUGAUAGUUUGGACGCUGAAACGACAAAAACGACAGAAGCUCCUGUUCCCGACGAUCUAACCUCAACUGAUGUGCCGGACGAAUCUCUGCAUACAAGUCAUCCCGCAGAGGCUGAUCACCGGCAUGAAGGCUCCCAAAGUGGUGAGCACUCUAGCGAAGCAUCCCCGACCACCCUGGCUACAAAGCAUUCCGAACCCGAGUCCGUCUCAUCGUAUGAAGAUGCGACAGAAAAGCCUGCACAGACGAGCGAAUCUCCUGCGCCUGGGAUGAAGACACCGAUCCCGCACUUGCUCCGGGGGACUUUAAGAGAGUAUCAACAUUUCGGCUUGGACUGGCUCGCUGGUCUGUACAAUAACCACAUCAAUGGUAUCCUCGCCGAUGAGAUGGGUCUUGGUAAGACUAUCCAGACAAUCGCCUUACUUGCCCAUCUGGCUGUGGAAAAUGGGGUCUGGGGGCCGCAUCUAGUUGUCGUCCCGACGAGUGUCAUUCUCAACUGGGAGAUGGAAUUCAAGAAAUGGUGCCCUGGUUUCAAGAUCAUGACCUACUACGGGAACCAAGAAGAGCGCAGGCAAAAGCGCCGAGGUUGGAUGGACGAUACCAACUGGAACGUGCUGAUUACUUCCUAUCAACUGGUCUUGCAGGACCAGCAAGUUCUGAAGAGGAGAAACUGGCACUACAUGAUCCUGGACGAAGCGCACAAUAUCAAAAAUUUCCGCUCACAGAGGUGGCAAGCUUUGCUUACUUUCAGGACGCGUGCUCGACUUCUACUCACCGGAACACCGCUCCAGAACAACCUGACGGAACUAUGGUCCCUCCUCUUUUUCUUGAUGCCGUCUGAUGGUGAUGAAACCGGAAUUGAAGGAUUUGCGGAUCUGAAGAAUUUCUCUGAGUGGUUUCGACGUCCAGUAGAGCAAAUUCUGGAGCAUGGCAGAGAAACGAUGGAUGAUGACUCAAAACAAGUGGUCACUAAACUCCACACCGUCCUCAGACCUUACAUCUUGCGCCGCCUCAAAGCCGAUGUCGAGAAGCAAAUGCCGGCAAAAUACGAGCACGUGGUCUAUUGCAGGCUGUCGAAACGCCAGAGAUACUUGUACGACGGUUUCAUGUCCCGGGCGCAAACUAAAGAGACCCUUGCAUCUGGAAAUUAUCUGUCCAUCAUCAAUUGCCUGAUGCAACUCCGCAAAGUAUGCAACCACCCGGAUCUUUUCGAGACCCGUCAAAUCUCCACGUCAUUCGCGAUGCCUCGAUCGGUGGCCACCGAAUUCGAAAUCAAAGAGCUUCUUGUUCGUCGACGGUUGCUGUACGAACAUCCUCUCACACGGUUGGAUCUCGAUUUCCUCAAUCUGGUGCCAAUCUCACGGGAGGAUAUUUCUCGGAGACUAGCGGAUGAUAGCACAAGGCUCAUGGCUUAUGGCCCUUUCAAUCAGCUCAGGGAGCGUCAAUAUCAUCGCACCAACUGGAAGAUGGACUUUGACGGCUCCACUGUUCAAUCUACCCUUGAUCGCUUAGAGAACGAUUGCCGGAAGACUAGGAUGGCAGAGCUCGAAAGGUGCUUGUAUUUCGAGUCAAAGCGCCAUGGGCGUCGCCCUGUCUAUGGGACUAGUCUGAUCGAGUUCCUCACGGCAGACAGCAAGCAACGGCCGGCCUUGAAUGGCCCAUUACGGAAGCAUUCUCUGUCGGACUGGCUGUCUAAUCGAUCGAGUGUCAUUGCAUCAAUGAUUCAGUCCAUCGAGGAGCGGUCUCUGAAUAUGGAUGGUUACGUGCAAAGAUUUGCCUGUGUGACACCAGCCGCGGUUGCGUCUGGCAUUACACAGGCAGCGCUGACCCCUAUCGAGACUCGACACCUCACCAAAAAGGAGAGGUUCCCUCCCCAUGAUCCUUUCCACGAAGCUCAGAUGCGUUUGUCGAUUGCGUUUCCCGAUAGGAGGUUGUUACAGUAUGAUUGUGGCAAGCUGCAGCGGUUGGACAAGCUCCUCCGUGAUCUGAAGGCGGGGGGACAUCGGGCUUUGAUUUUCACGCAAAUGACAAAGAUGCUCGACAUCCUCGAACAGUUCCUCAAUAUCCAUGGGCACAGGUAUCUCCGGCUCGAUGGAACAACCAAGGUCGAGCAGCGUCAGAUCCUCACGGAUCGAUUUAACAACGACGAUCGCAUUCUUGCAUUUAUUCUGUCCAGCCGAUCCGGUGGUCUCGGCAUCAAUCUCACGGGUGCCGACACCGUUAUUUUCUACGACUUGGAUUGGAACCCGGCGAUGGAUAAGCAAUGCCAGGAUCGGUGCCAUCGAAUUGGGCAGACCCGCGACGUUCACAUCUAUCGAUUUGUCUCCGAAUACACCAUUGAAUCGAACAUCCUUCGCAAGGCCAAUCAAAAGCGGAUGCUUGACGAUGUCGUCAUCCAAGAGGGUGAAUUCACCACGGAGUAUAUCACCAAGCCUGCGCCUGAGAUCGAAGGCGAUGAAUCUCUGGAAAGGCAAGACGAAGCCACCGCGGCUAUGGACCGGGUGUUAGCGAACCGGGUUGGCGGCACUGCUCGGGUUUUCGAACAAGCCGAGGACAAGGAAGAUAUCGAUGCAGCCAAGAACGCCCAGAAGGAGUUAGAACACGCGGACGACGGCGAUUUCGAAGAUCGGAUUGUCUCGCACAGCACGCCCGCUCAAACUCAAGCUCCGACUCCUGUCGCAAAUACACCCGACGAGGGAGGAACUCCUGGGCCGCGUCCUCUCACCGCGCCCCAUGUGCAUGGCACUGACGAACCGGUGCACGUGGAGAUUAUACCAGCGCAUAUCGACGAGUAUAUCUUGCGGUUCAUGCAAUGGAACAUGAAGGACGAGCCUCUCGUUCUGCCAGUCGACAAGAGCAAGAAGAAGUCCAAGAAGGGCAAAGAGCAUCGCCUCCGCAAAAGACGGGCUUGAAUCGGUCCAGCGAGUGCCAGCUAACUACGCAAUGUCUUUGCGCUGAAAUAUGACGGGCGCAACUCCCUGAUAAUGUAAUUCUAUCUACCUGUUUAAUUUUUUCUUUCCCGUCUUGAUACCUUGGGUAAGCAUACGUGUGUUUGUGUGUUUGUGUUUGCGAGUGUGUGUAUGUAUGCGUGUGCAUUGUGUGUGGUGUCUCUCCUCUCAUCCUGAAAAUUGAUCGAUGGGAAACUUGCAAGCGAAGGAACCAAUUUUCAUUAGCAGGCGCUCUUUUUUCUUCCUUUUUUCUCUUUUCUUCUUGUUCUGUUUUCUUUUUUUGCAUUUGGCAGGGAAAAGAACGGGGGCUACAUUGACAUUUGCGUCAUUGUUGUGUUUAUGUUGAAUUUGGAACUGAUUGGAUGAUGUCCAUAUGGGUUCAUAGGUAUGAAUCAACUGUAGUUUAUAGCCUCUACUCUCGAAGAAUAAUAACCUCAAUCACAUUGCUUAUAUGCCG